CGGGGGCAUGAUGGGACUUGCAGGCUGGCUGGCCAUCUCAUGGCGCGGGGGCCGCUGGGAAACGUAGUCCCUUGCUUGGCCCCAAGACAGCGGUGUUCCGCGGGCCCAGUGGUGACAGUUCUGAAGCUCCCGAGCAGCCCUCUGAAGCUGCUCAGUCAAGACAUGAAGGGUUCUUGGCUGCCCUCCCCGAGUGUUUGAAUGCUCAGGGGGCCCAGCAUGGACCAGUCUGUGGCAAUCCAGGAGACCCUGGCUGAGGGUGAAUACUGUAUCAUCCAGGCAGUUCAAGGUGUGCUUUAUAAGGAAGACAGCCGGCAGAGCCGCCUGCUGGGGCUGGUGCGGUGUUGCCUGGAACAUGGUGCCCAGGAACAUGCUCUCUUCCUGUAUACACACCGGAGGAUGGCCAUUACAGGAGACGACGUAUCUUUGGAUCAGAUAGUACCAAUUUCACGAGAUUUUAUGCUGGAAGAAGUGUCCCCAGAUGGUGAAGUCUACAUCCUUGGCUCUGAUGUGACCAUACAGCUAGACACAGGAGAGCUCAGGCUUGUAUUCCAACUACCCUUUGGCUCACACACCAGAAUGUUCCUCCAGGAAGUCUCCAGAGCCUGUCCAGGUUUACACCCGGAGCCCCGGGAUCCGGAGUUCCGGUGGCUGUCCAGAUACAGGUGCGCGGAGCUAGACCUGGCGUCGCAGACGCCUAGCGAAUGGAACCCCGACCCAGGUACCCGGAGCAGGUGUACGCCCAUUGGAGGAGGCAGAUAUCCGUCUCGGAAGAGGCGGCAGGGAUUGGAGGAUGCCUGGCUUCAGGGGCUGGGCUCCGUUCUGCUUGGGGGCGGGGAGAGGACGGAGCUUGGCCUGCGAUUGGCGGAGGUGGCGCGGGGGGGCGGGCCCGUGCUGGGGCGGAGCGCGCGCGGCCGGCGGCGGGAUGAAGGGCUGGAGGAAGCAGGCCGGGAAAUGUCUGCCGCUGGUGGGUCUCGGGAGCGCGACUGUGCAGGUGGUUCUAACUUUGACACUUCAAGGUCAAAUGGGAGAGGCCUGCUUAUGGACCAAAGCUCUGGGACUAGAUGUCUGGAUAAAUCAGAAAACUCUCUCACAAGACAGAAUAGAUCCAAAUCUGAAAUCACUGAUAUGGUUCGAUCCGCUACGAUCACAGUAUCAGACAAGGCUCAUAUUUUGUCCGUGCAGAAGUUUGGACUGCGAGACACCAUUGUGAAAUCACAUCUCAUGCAGAAGGAAGAGGACUAUACCUACAUCCAGAACUUCAGGUUUUUUGUGGGAACAUACAAUGUGAAUGGACAGUCCCCCAAGGAAUGCCUCCGACCUUGGCUGAGUCACAGUACCCAGGCCCCAGAUGUAUACUGCGUAGGGUUCCAGGAGCUUGAUCUGAGUAAAGAAGCCUUUUUCUUUCACGAUACCCCAAAGGAGGAAGAGUGGUUUAAAGCUGUGUCAGAGAGCCUGCACCCGGAGGCCAUAUAUGCAAAGGUGAAGCUCAUCCGGCUGGUUGGGAUUAUGCUGCUUUUAUAUGUCAAACAGGAACACGCAGCAUAUAUUUCAGAAGUGGAAGCUGAGACUGUGGGGACAGGAAUCAUGGGGAGGAUGGGUAACAAAGGAGGUGUGGCAAUCAGGUUCCAGCUGCACAACACCAGCAUCUGCGUGGUGAAUUCUCACUUGGCAGCCCACACAGAAGAGUAUGAGAGGAGGAAUCAAGACUAUAAGGACAUCUGUUCUCGGAUGCAGUUUUCUCAAGUAGACCCGAGUCUUCCCCCUCUCACCAUCAAUAAGCAUGAUGUGAUCUUGUGGCUGGGGGACCUCAACUACAGGAUAGAAGAGCUGGAUGUGGAAAAAGUGAAAAAGCUCAUCGAAGAGAAGGCCUUUCAAACCCUGUAUGCAUAUGAUCAGCUGAAAAUUCAGGUGGCUGCCAAGACCGUUUUUGAAGGUUUCACAGAGGGUGAGCUCACGUUCCAACCUACCUAUAAGUAUGACACUGGCUCCGACGACUGGGAUACCAGUGAGAAGUGUCGUGCUCCUGCCUGGUGCGAUCGAGUCCUCUGGAAAGGAAAGAACAUCACUCAGCUGAGUUACCAGAGCCACAUGGCCUUGAAGACCAGUGACCACAAGCCUGUCAGCUCAGUGUUUGACAUUGGGGUGAGGGUUGUAAAUGAGGAGCUCUACCGGAAGACUCUGGAGGAAAUUGUUCGCUCCCUGGAUAAGAUGGAGAAUGCCAACAUUCCUUCUGUGUCACUUUCCAAGCGAGAGUUCUGUUUUGAGAACGUGAGGUAUAUGCAGCUUCAAGUCGAGUCCUUUACAAUUCAUAAUGGACAAGUACCCUGUCAGUUUGAAUUUAUCAACAAGCCUGAUGAAGUGUCUUACUGCAAGCAGUGGCUGAGUGCCAACCCCAGCAGAGGGUUCCUCCUGCCAGAUUCUGACAUUGAGAUUGAUUUGGAACUCUUUGUAAAUAAGGCCACAGCCACAAAACUCAACUCAGGUGAAGACAAAAUUGAAGACAUCCUGGUUUUGCACUUGGACCGGGGAAAGGAUUACUUUUUAUCUGUGUCUGGGAAUUACCUGCCUAGUUGUUUUGGGUCUCCCAUUCAUACACUAUGCUACAUGAGGGAGCCAAUCUUGGAUCUACCACUGGAAACUAUUAGUGAGCUGACUGUGAUGCCACUACAGACUGAAGACGAUAGGAGCCAGCUGGAUAAACCCAUGGAAAUCCCUAAAGAACUCUGGAUGAUGGUUGAUCACCUGUACCGAAAUGCUAUCCAGCAGGAAGACCUGUUUCAGCAGCCGGGCCUGAGGUCAGAAUUUGAGCAUAUCAGGGACUGUUUGGAUACUGGAAUGAUUGAUAAUCUCUGUGCUAAUAACCAUUCUGUAGCGGAAGCCUUGCUGCUUUUCCUAGAGAGUCUGCCAGAGCCUGUCAUCUGUUAUAGCGCCUACCACAGCUGCUUGGAGUGCUCUGGCAAUUACACAGCAAGCAAACAGGUUAUUUCUACUCUCCCCAAAUUCCACAAAAAUGUCUUCAAAUACCUGAUGGCGUUUUUGCAAGAAUUGCUGAAAAAUUCAGCAAAAAAUCAUUUGGAUGUGAAUAUUCUAGCAAGCAUAUUUGGCAGCUUAUUGCUUCGAAACCCAGCUGGUCACCAAAAGCUUGAAGUAACAGAGAAGAAGAAGGCUCAGGAAUUUAUUCACCACUUCCUCUGCAACCCACUCGAGUGAGCCUCAACACGGACACCUCCUCUCCUGUUGUACCCAAGGCAGUCAAAAUUGUCAGCUCACCUGUUUCAGCUCAAGAGACGCCUUAAUAUGAUAUGAGGCCACCUGAAAGCAAGAACGGCAGCUACCUCUUUUUUGAGUCUAGACCUGCCCCUUACCCAUGCCAUUGGCUAGCACUUCCAUUGCUGAGUUGUGAAGUCACAGGGGAAACCCAUCACAAUAGAACUGACAUUUGAUGUUCAGCUUUAGUUAUUUAACACAAAUAGAGCGCUAUUAAUUUUUAUUUAAUUUUUUGAGAAUAUUCUUUGUUCAACCCACCUCCAGGGCAUAUGUAGUCAAUACCUUUCCUGUAGACUGGGCUGAGCAUCUCCUGAUCAGGUAUUUGAACUAGCUCAAGUCCUGGAAGAAUGAGUUGGCCAACAGGAAUGCAGGUAGAUGUUCCUGCAUAAACAAGUCUUAGCCAUCUCAGAUGCUUCCACUGUCCAAUCUGAGGAUGUGUGCGUGCAUAGGGCAACUUCUACUCAGAUAUGGCUCCUUAAGUCGAGGCUGAAGUCUAGCUUACCAGCACUGAAGAAAGCGGGUUCUGGUGAAAUGAGUGGGACUUUACAGGCCAGAGUGCACCCAACUGUAUAUGAUGCAUCCCCCUCUCUCAUGUAUAACAUUUUAAUGAUAAAUGUAUUUUUAACAGUGGU